AAUUUUCACGUCUAGGAUAUUCCUUUAUUGGUUUUGGGCUCCGAGCUCAUUCAAUUCAAACCAAGUUAAACAAAAACAAGACCUAUUUCUGCAAAAAUAGAAAAACAGAGACGAAGCCAAAAUAGCAAGGAGGGAAAACGACGCCGUGUGCUAUUCCGAGAAUGGAAGAAAGCCAUGACGUGGUGGAAGAUGUGGAGAGUGGUGGUUCUAGUGGUAGUGAUUUGGAUUCUUUUAUAGAUGAUUCAGAAGUUGAUGAAGUAUCGAUAUCUGGACAAGAUGACGGUUUGCAUCUCGAGGAACCUUUAUCUGAUAAAGACAUUGAGGAGCUGAUUGCUGAAUUUUUGGAGGUUGAGAGUAAGGCUGCAGAGGCUCAGGAAGCGCUUGAAAAGGAGUCUCUUGCCAAAGUGGAGACUGAAGUUAGAGAGGAGCUGGCACAAACUCUUCACGGGAAUGAUUUGGAAACAGCUGUUGCAGAUGAAAUGGCUACUUUAAUAGAAGACUGGAAAGCUGAGCUCGAUGAGCUUGAGACUGAGAGUGCUCAUUUGUUGGAACAACUUGAUGGGGCAGGCAUUGAGCUACCAAGCCUUUAUAAGUGGAUUGAAAGUCAGGCUCCUAAUGGUUGCUGCACCGAAGCUUGGAAAACACGAAUACACUGGGUAGGAAGUCAGGUGAGUGGAGAAUUUACCGAGUCAAGAGCUGAUGCUGAGAAGUAUCUUCAAACGCACAGACCUGUAAGAAGGAAACAUGGUAAACUAUUGGAGGAUGGUGCUAGUGGAUUCCUGCAGAAAAAACUAGCUGAAGAGGGGAGCAAGGAUGUUGCAACAACUGAGGUUGAUUGGUGUUCUCUCAACAAAUUAUUUUCUGACGGUGCAACUAAGGAUAGCGCUUCAUUUGGAAGCAAGCACUGGGCUUCUGUUUACUUGGCUAGCACACCGCACCAAGCUGCAGAGAUGGGACUUGAAUUCCCUGGAGUCAAUGAGGUGGAGGAGAUUGAUGACAUUGAUGGCAAUUCUAGUGAUCCAUUUGUUGCAGCUGCUGUUGCAAAUGAAAGAGAACUGAAUCUCUCAGAAGAACAGAAAAGAAGUUAUAGGAAGGUUAAGGAAGAAGAUGACGCAAACAUUGAUAGGAAGCUUCAAGUUCAUUUGAAACGGAGGAGACAUCAAAGGAGAUGUAAACAGGAUGUCAGUCAGAAAGAAGUUUCCCCAAUUGAUCAAGUGAUACAAAGCAACAUGGGCCAGUCUUUCUCAAUGCUUGACUCUUCUACUGGUAUCUCAAAUGGGAAAAUUGAUGAAGAUGGUGAAAACAUUUGUAACACAGAUAAUGAGGUUGAAGGCCAAAAUUUGAAGUCUGCCAUAAUGAGUAACGGUGCUCCGCCGGCCCCUGAUUCCACUGAAGCCAGAGGGUCCAAGCGUCCGAAUGAGAGCGAGGAACUAAACAUUGACAUUAAGAGGAAUCGAACUAUAAUUAUAGAUAGUGAUGAUGAAGCUUCAAUGAAAGAUACUUUUGACUGCAACAUGAUAAAAUCUGAGGAUCAUUCCUAUGUGAAAGAGAAUAUCUGCAGAUCUGGAGAUGAUGGUCUCACAUCACAUAGUCUGAAUAAGAUGCUCCGUUGCACAGCUUGUAAUAAAUUUUCUGCUGAAGUGCGCUCACAUCCACUUAUGGAAGUGAUUAUUUGUGCAAAUUGCAAGUGCUUGUUGGAAGAAAUGAUCCAUUUCAAGGAUUCUGAUUGCUCCAUGUGUUAUUGUGGGUGGUGUGGGCAAAGCAAUGAUUUAUUGAGUUGUAAAUCUUGCACGAUGUUAUUUUGUACAACUUGUAUAAAGAGGAAUAUUGGAGAGGAAUGCUUAUCCAAGGCCCAGACCGAUGGCUGGCAGUGUUGUUCCUGUUGCCCAAGUCUCAUACAGACAUUGAAGUUACAAUUUGAGGAAGCAAUGGGAUCUGGAGAUUUGAUAGUUUCUAGCUCUGAUAGUGAUUCAGAUGAUUCAGAUGCAGAUGUGGAUGUUGCUAUCAGUUCUAAGAGGAAGAGAAAGAAGAAGAUACGAAGGAUAAUUGAUGAUACCGAAUUGGGAGAAGAGACCAAAAGAAAAAUUGCGAUUGAAAAGGAACGUCAAGAGCGUUUGAAGUCCUUGCAAGUACAAUUUUCUGUCAAAUCUAAACUGAAGUGCUCUGCUAGCUAUAAUGGGAAUAUAUCUGAAGGUGUUAGUGCUGAAGUCAUGGGUGAUGCAUCAGCUGGUUAUAUAGUGAAUGUUAUGAGAGAGAAAGGUGAAGAACCUGUGAGAAUUCCUCCAAGCCUUUCAUCAAAAUUGAAGGCUCAUCAGAUUACGGGCGUAAGGUUUAUGUGGGAGAACAUCGUACAAUCUAUCAGAGAAGUGAAGUCUGGGGAUAAAGGGCUUGGUUGUAUUCUAGCUCACAUGAUGGGCCUUGGUAAAACGCUUCAGGUUAUUACUUUUCUGUAUACUGCAAUGAGAAGUAUCGAUUUGGGAUUAAAAACUGCACUUAUUGUCACUCCUGUUAAUGUGCUGCAUAAUUGGCGGCAAGAGUUCUUGAAGUGGAGACCUUCAGAAGUAAAGCCUCUUCGGAUCUUCAUGCUAGAAGAUGUGUCAAGGGAGAGGAGACUAGAGUUGCUUGCAAAAUGGAGAGCUAAGGGUGGUGUUUUCUUGAUUGGCUACUCCGCUUUCAGAAACUUAUCCCUUGGAAAGCAUGUGAAGGAUCGGAACAUGGCUAGAGAAAUUUGUCAUGCCUUACAGGAUGGACCUGAUAUACUUGUUUGUGAUGAGGCCCAUAUUAUUAAGAAUACCAAGGCCGAUGUAACCCAGGCCUUGAAACAAGUUAGAUGCCAAAGAAGAAUAGCAUUAACUGGAUCACCUCUUCAGAACAAUCUCAUGGAAUAUUAUUGUAUGGUUGAUUUUGUAAGGGAAGGUUUUCUUGGAAGUAGCCACGAGUUUAGAAACCGCUUCCAGAAUCCCAUAGAGAAUGGUCAGCAUACUAAUUCAACUGUGGAAGAUGUGAAAAUCAUGAAUCAGAGAUCGCAUAUUCUGUAUGAACAGUUGAAAGGAUUUGUUCAAAGAAUGGACAUGAGCGUGGUGAAGAAGGACUUACCACCUAAAACUGUCUUUGUGAUAACUGUGAGGCUUUCUCCCAUACAGAAGAAAUUAUACAAGAGAUUCCUUGAUGUGCACGGAUUCACUACUGACAAGAUUUAUAAUGAAAAGAUGAAAAGAGGUUUUUUCGCUGGCUACCAGGCCUUAGCUCAGAUAUGGAACCAUCCAGGGAUAUUGCAAUUGAGAAAAGAUGACAAAGACUAUGUGAGGCAUGAAGAUGGUGUUGAGAAUUUUCUUGCUGAUGACAGCUCUAGUGAUGAAAACACUGACUAUAUAGGAGAGAAGCAAGGGAAUGUCAAUGAAAUUUUGCCAGGAAAAAAAGAUGAUGGUUACUUUCAGAAGGAUUGGUGGAAUGAUCUCAUCCAUGAAAAUAAUUAUAAGGAGCUUGAUUAUAGUGGCAAAAUGGUAUUGCUGCUUGAAAUUCUAUCUAUGUGUUCUGAUGUGGGUGAUAAGGCAUUGGUAUUUAGUCAGAGCAUACCAACUCUUGAUCUGAUAGAACUUUACCUUGCAAGAUUACCUCGACAUGGGAAGAGAUGGAAGUUUUGGAAGAAAGGAAAAGAUUGGUUUAGGCUAGAUGGUAGAACAGAGAGCUCAGAAAGGCAAAAACUGGUUGAGCGCUUUAAUGAUCCUGCAAAUAAGAGGGUGAAAUGCACUCUAAUUUCCACCAAAGCUGGAUCUUUGGGGAUAAAUCUUCAUGCUGCUAACCGUGUAAUUAUAGUUGAUGGGUCUUGGAAUCCAACCUAUGAUCUUCAGGCUAUCUAUCGUUCUUGGAGGUAUGGCCAAACAAAGCCGGUGUUUGCUUACAGAUUGAUGGCACAUGGAACUAUGGAAGAAAAAAUUUAUAAGCGUCAGGUAACAAAGGAGGGCCUGGCUGCAAGGGUAGUGGAUAGACAACAGGUACAUAGGACAAUAUCUAAAGAAGAGAUGUUACAUCUUUUUGAGUUUGGUGACGAUGAAAACCAUGAUGGGCCUGAGCAAGAUAACAGAGCUAAUCAAAGUAUCACUGGUUCAGUCGAAAAUUUGCCUAAGCACGGACCACAUCUUUCUCAUGGAAGUUGCGCUUCUGACAAAUUAAUGGAAAGAUUAAUUGGCAAGCAUUAUCCGAGCUGGAUUGCUAAUUUUCACUUACAUGAGACACUAUUGCAAGAGAAUGAAGAGGAAAAGCUAUCAAAAGAAGAGCAAGACAUGGCUUGGGAAGUAUACCGGAAAUCAUUUGAAUGGGAGGAAGUGAAGCAAGUUCCUGUCAGUGAAUCUGCAGUUGACCAAAAGCCAGAGCCAGCUGCAUCAACUGUGAACUCGCCUGCAAUAGAGAUGAGCAGCCUUGCAGAAUCCAAGGUGAGGGAUACUUAUGUGCAGCGGAAAUGCACUAAGCUUUCACAUGUGCUGACCCUUAGAAGUCAAGGUACAAAAUCUGGUUGCACCACUGUGUGUGGGGAAUGUGCUCGAGAGAUUAGCUGGGAGGGUUUGCAUCAAGAAGGCAAGUCUGCAAAAUGAACAACAGUGCCCUUAACUUUGUCUAAUGUGAAUUCUUUGAUUCUAUAUUGCUGCUGCUGUGAAUAUUCUUUUUUGGUUAGACAGCUGCCAUAAGUCCAAUGUCCUUUUGAACACACUCUGAACCAUUCUGUUUAUUAUUGUCUUGUUUAAGGACAAACAUAAAAUAACUUUGGAAUGAACAUAAAUUAACUUGAGAGGGAGAGA